AGCAACGAUUCAGCUCACGGGGAGGUCCUCUGUAGGAGGCGGUUGGUGGGAAGAGGCGAGUGAGCCUGCCCGUGCGUCCCACAUGGAGACGUUUGGAUUGGAAACAACCAAAAAAUGUUUCAAGGAACUCUCUCUGGGUGACACGCUCGUUUUCAGACAUUCGAUUCAGCCUGCUGCAGUGUCGUCCCCCCGACACAGGAACUGAACUGCAGGCCACGGCGAGCCAGCCGGGGAAACCGCCUUCUCCAGCCACAGCCGGCGGGGCCCUGGGCUCAGAGCUGCUGCCGGUUCCGGAGGGAGAGACCCCAGCAAGGAGGCGGUGACUCACCGGGCCAGCUCCUCCCCGCCCCGCCCGGCCCUCCCCUCCUGGCCCUCCCGCCCUCCGCUCUCACUCUGGCUGGGAGCAGCAGACAGCCUCGGUCUCCGGUCGUCGGCGGCCCACCCUGCCCUGGCGCGCUGUGUGGUGACCGCAGGCCCGAGACAUGAGGGCGGCCCGUGCUCUGCUGCCCCUGCUGCUGCAGGCCUGCUGGGCGGCCGCGCAGGAUGAGCCGGAGACCCCGAGGGCGGUGGCCUUCCAGGACUGCCCCGUGGACCUGUUCUUUGUGCUGGACACCUCUGAGAGUGUGGCCCUGAGGCUGAAGCCCUACGGGGCCCUCGUGGACAAAGUCAAGUCCUUCACCAAGCGCUUCAUCGACAACCUGAGGGACAGGUACUACCGCUGUGACCGAAACCUGGUGUGGAACGCAGGUGCGCUGCACUACAGUGACGAGGUGGAGAUCAUCCAAGGCCUCACGCGCAUGCCUGGCGGCCGCGACGCCCUCAAAAGCAGUGUGGAUGCAGUCAAGUAUUUUGGGAAGGGCACCUACACCGACUGCGCCAUCAAGAAGGGGCUGGAGCAGCUCCUCGUGGGGGGCUCCCACCUGAAGGAGAAUAAGUACCUGAUUGUGGUGACCGACGGGCACCCCCUGGAGGGCUACAAGGAGCCCUGUGGGGGGCUGGAGGAUGCUGUGAACGAGGCUAAGCACCUGGGCGUCAAAGUCUUCUCGGUGGCCAUCACACCCGACCACCUGGAGCCGCGUCUGAGCAUCAUCGCCACGGACCACACAUACCGGCGCAACUUCACGGCGGCUGACUGGGGCCAGAGCCGCGACGCAGAGGAGGCUAUCAGCCAGACCAUCGACACCAUCGUGGACAUGAUCAAAAAUAACGUGGAGCAAGUGUGCUGCUCCUUCGAAUGCCAGCCUGCAAGAGGACCUCCGGGGCUCCGGGGCGACCCCGGCUUCGAGGGAGAACGAGGCAAGCCGGGGCUCCCAGGAGAGAAGGGAGAAGCUGGAGAUCCUGGAAGACCCGGGGACCUCGGACCUGUUGGGUACCAGGGGAUGAAGGGAGAAAAAGGGAGUCGUGGGGAGAAGGGCUCCAGGGGACCCAAGGGCUACAAGGGAGAGAAGGGCAAGCGUGGCAUCGACGGGGUGGACGGCGUGAAGGGGGAGAUGGGGUACCCAGGCCUGCCAGGCUGCAAGGGCUCGCCCGGGUUUGAUGGCAUUCAAGGACCCCCCGGCCCCAAGGGAGACCCUGGCGCCUUUGGACUGAAAGGAGAAAAGGGCGAACCUGGAGCUGACGGGGAGGCAGGGAGACCAGGGAGCUCGGGACCACCUGGAGACGAGGGCCAGCCGGGAGAGCCUGGGCCCCCCGGAGAGAAAGGAGAGGCGGGUGACGAGGGGAACCCAGGACCUGACGGUGCCCCCGGGGAGCGGGGCGGCCCUGGAGAGGGAGGACCACAGGGGACCCCAGGCACGCGGGGACCAAGAGGAGACCCUGGUGAAGCUGGCCCACAGGGUGAUCAGGGAAGAGAAGGCCCUGUUGGUGUCCCUGGAGACCCGGGCGAGGCUGGCCCUAUUGGACCUAAAGGCUACCGAGGCGAUGAGGGUCCCCCAGGGUCCGAGGGUGCCAGAGGAGCCCCAGGACCUGCCGGACCCCCUGGAGACCCCGGGCUGAUGGGUGAAAGGGGAGAAGACGGCCCCCCUGGAAAUGGCACCGAGGGCUUCCCCGGCUUCCCUGGGUAUCCGGGCAACAGGGGCCCUCCCGGGAUAAACGGCACGAAGGGCUACCCCGGCCUCAAGGGGGACGAGGGGGAAGCCGGGGACCCCGGAGAUGAUAACAAUGACAUUGCACCCCGAGGAGUCAAAGGAGCAAAGGGGUACCGGGGUCCCGAGGGCCCCCAGGGACCCCCAGGACACCCAGGACCGCCUGGGCCGGACGAAUGCGAGAUUUUGGACAUCAUCAUGAAAAUGUGCUCUUGCUGUGAAUGCAAGUGCGGCCCCAUAGAUCUCCUGUUCGUGCUGGACAGCUCAGAGAGCAUCGGCCUGCAGAACUUCGAGAUUGCCAAGGACUUCGUCGUCAAAGUCAUUGACCGGCUGAGCCGGGAUGAGCUGGUCAAGUUCGAGCCAGGGCAGUCAUACGCCGGUGUGGUGCAGUACAGCCACAGCCAGAUGCAGGAGCACGUGAGCCUGCGCAGCCCCAGCAUCAGGAACGUGCAGGAGCUCAAGGAAGCCAUCAAGAGCCUACAGUGGAUGGCUGGCGGCACCUUCACCGGCGAGGCCCUGCAGUACACGCGGGACCAGCUGCUGCCGCCCAGCCCAAACAACCGCAUCGCCCUGGUCAUCACUGACGGGCGCUCAGACACUCAGAGGGACACCACACCACUCAACGUGCUCUGCAGCCCCGGCAUCCAGGUGGUCUCAGUGGGCAUCAAAGACGUGUUUGACUUCGUCCCAGGCUCCGACCAGCUCAAUGUCAUUUCUUGCCAAGGCCUGGCACCGUCCCAGGGCCGGCCCGGCCUCUCGCUGGUCAAGGAGAACUACGCAGAGCUGCUGGAGGACGCCUUCCUGAAGAAUGUCACCGCCCAGAUCUGCAUAGACAAGAAGUGUCCAGAUUACACCUGCCCCAUCACGUUCUCCUCCCCGGCUGACAUCACCAUCCUGCUGGACGGCUCCGCCAGCGUGGGCAGCCACAACUUUGACACCACCAAGCGCUUCGCCAAGCGCCUGGCCGAGCGCUUCCUCACAGCGGGCAGGACGGACCCCGCCCACGAUGUGCGGGUGGCAGUGGUACAGUACAGCGGCACGGGCCAGCAGCGGCCAGAGCGGGCGUCGCUGCAGUUCCUGCAGAACUACACGGCCCUGGCCAGUGCCGUCGAUGCCAUGGGCUUUAUCAACGACGCCACCGACGUCAACGAUGCCCUGGGCUAUGUGACCCGCUUCUACCGCGAGGCCUCAUCCGGCGCUGCUAAGAAGAGGCUGCUGCUCUUCUCAGAUGGCAACUCACAGGGCGCCACGCCCGCUGCCAUUGAGAAGGCCGUGCAGGAGGCCCAGCGGGCGGGCAUCGAGAUCUUCGUGGUGGUUGUGGGCCACCAGGUGAAUGAGCCCCACAUCCGCGUCCUGGUCACCGGCAAGACGGCCGAGUAUGACGUGGCCUACGGCGAGCGCCACCUGUUCCGUGUCCCCAGCUACCAGGCCCUGCUCCACGGUGUCUUCCACCAGACAGUCUCCAGGAAGGUGGCGCUGGGCUAGCCCGCCCCGCAAGCGGGCACCAAACCCUGUCCUCCCACCCCUCCCCACUCAUCACUAAACAGAGUAAAAUGUGAUGUGAAUUUUCCCGACCAACCAGAUUCGCUAGAUUUUUUUUAAGGAAAAACUUGGAAAGCCAGGACACAACGCUGCUGCCUGCUUUGCACAGGGCCCUCCGGGGCUCAGCCCUGAGCUGGCAUCACCUGCGCAGGCCCCUCUGGGGCUCAGCCCUGAGCUAUUGUCACCUGCGCAGGGCCCUCUGGGGCUCAGCCCUGAGCUGGCGUCACCUGGGUUCCCCACCCCAGGCUCUCCUGCCCUGCCCUCCUGCCCUCCCUCCCUCCUGCCUUCCCAGCUCCUUCCCUAGGCACCUCUGUGCUGCGUCCCACCAGCCUGAGCCAGACGCCCUCUCGGGUCCUGUGCCGCAGCACUAGCCUGUCUCUCUCCUCUGUCCCCAUAGCUGGCUUUUCCCACCAAUCCUCACCUAACAGUUACUUUACAGUUAAAGUCAAAGCAAGCUCUUCUCAGCUUGGGGCAGCCAUUGGCCUCUGUCUCAUUUUGGGAAACCAAGGUCAGGAGGCCGUUGUAGACAUAAAUCUCGGCGACUCGGCCCCGUCUCCUGAGGGUCCUGCUGCUGACCGGCCUGGACCUCGGCCCCACAGCCCUAGAGGCCGCUGCUGACCAGCACUGACCCCGACCUCAGAGAGUACUCGCAGGGGCGCUGGCUGCACUCAAGACCCUCGAGAUUAACGGUGCUAACCCCGUCCGCUCCUCCCUCCCGCAGAGACCGGGGCCUGGACUGGACAUGAGAGCCCCUUGGUGCCACAGAGGGCUGUGUCUUACUAGAAACAACGCAAACCUCUCCUUCCUCAGAACAGUGAUGUGUUCGACGUUUUAUCAAAGGCCCCCUUUCUAUGUUCAUGUUAGUUUUGCUCCUUCUGUGUUUUCUGAACCAUAUCCAUGUCGCCGACUGUUCCAAAUAAAGGUUUUCACUACUC